CUGAAGGAUGUCGAGAGUGGUGGAUUGCGGCAGCGAGCCCAUCGUUAUCAUCGGAUAGAUGUUCGUGAAAGAAAAAAGCGUAUGAUCACAAGAAUCUGGGGAGAGGGGACAAACCACGAGCGGCCAGAGGUAAGGUAGUUGUGCGCUGCACUGCAACGUGCGAGCCACCAGCCGCCGCCUAAAACGGCAAUGCCGUCAAUCACGAAGUGCUUCAAGUCGUGACCCGCACCACCUGUGGCUGCUCGACAACUACCUAUUCCUCAGACGUUACGAUGGUCGUAAAGGACGAGUCCGACGACGACAAUCAUGACGAAAGCUACAGUAAUGAGCAAAAUAAACGGAAAAGAAGAAGAACCGUUGCGAAAAGACAUUCGAUGUCGGAAGUCACGAAGCCCUUACUCGACAUGUCUCCUUUAUUCGAGUCCCUUUAUGAGCGGAUGGACGCGUUAAAUGAACAGGGAUCAUUCGAGGCUAUUAUCGAAUCCUCGAUCCCGGAGUAUCUACGAGCACAGCGCGUCCUACAGGAUCACUUUGCAGACCGGACCAUCUCAGGGCGGCUUAUUAUACCGCUUAGUCGCGCUGAGAUGAGAGAUCAUAUGAAGAUGGUCUCAAUACACCCUCAAUCCUAUAUAUUCACACUGCUAUCUCGGAAAAUGAGCUCACAGCCUCCUUCCCUCCGCGCUCGUAUAUUAGAGCCUCCGUCGAUGACGCCAAGCGGAUGUACCGUCACACCGUUGCCUCCACUGCGAUCAGCACCGGCUAUCAAUCCUCAAGUCCUCGAUGCACUGUAUGUAAUCAAGACUACUCCAUAUGAGCGAUCGUUCCUUUCUCGGAUCAAGGGAUUCCAGCCGUCCCUCGCACCUGGCGCGAUCGCAGUCGAUUGGGAGACAAGAAGUCCAUGGAUGGAGCUCAUGAACGAUAUUCGCGAACAUUACUCCUUGAUGCAUCCAGAUCGUGAUCAGCCAAACGAGACGAUUGCACCUAUUGAAUAUGUCUCCUUGCGUGCAAGCCACCUUAGACAGGUCCACGAUCUCCUGCGGCGCACCUUUUGGGAGGGUAUCGAUGUUAGUGACUCCAUUGAUUACUCGCCAGAAAAAUGCACAGUUAUCGCGACGUACAAGCAGCUCGUCGUCGGCGUGGCAAUAAUGAGCUCACCUCAGGAGAUUUACAUCACAUAUCUUGCCGUCCGUUCAGGUUGGGAAAACAGCCAGAUUGCCACAUCAAUGCUAUAUCAUCUAAUUACGCUAAAUCCCAAUAGAGAUAUCACUCUACAUGUGUCCAUCAACAACCCCGCUAUGCUCUUGUACAACCAAUUCGGUUUCAAGGCUGAGCAGUUCAUCGUCGGAUUCUACGAGGACUAUCUUGAUCCGCUGUCACGGGCCUCGAAGAAUGCAUUCCGCCUGCGCUUACGACGAUGGGGAUGAUUCGAGUCAUCUUCUAGACCAGUCCUCGCCUUCUUGAUUUUACGGGUUUGGCUUGAUUCUGCAGACGUCGGUGUGGCAGUUCCAGAUGGCGAGCCAUCAU